AUGGUGCAGCGAUGGACGGCAACGCGCCUCAGCGAAUGUAAGCAGACCCUCGUCCCAAAGCACAACAACCUCUCCACAAAUGACGGAACAUUACAAUCCCCAGCACGCACAAUCCUUAAGAACCAGCCAACAACGCAAAGCGACAGACGGACUACAGAAGACAUCCCAACCUACAAAACCAAGAGCCCUAAAGGUAUAGGAAACUAA